GCUAUUAAGAACAUAUAUUUUUUUUCAAUUAGAAGUAUAUGAGUCCUAUUUAAAAAGAAAACAAUUGCAGUCUUAUUUAAUUUGCAUGCUUUAUUUAUAUUUUAGUCAUACUACAUGUCUUUUCUAGUCAAAGUUUAACUAUCUUUGAUGACUAACUAGUUUUAUGGGACAAGAAGAAUCUCGCGGCGCUGCUAAACCCUAGUGAGCGUGCGUUUCGACGGUCCAGGCGAGCAUCUCCGGCUGGCCUACUUCUUGAACGUGGUUUGUGCGCCGGUAUAGGCGUUUGGGCGGGCGACGCUGUUUAUUUGGCAUUUGGGAGUCCUGAUUUUGCUAGUCUCUCAGUUUGGGAGAAAAUCGAAACAUCGACAAUUUUGGAGCUGGGUUUCUCGAUGAGUUCUGCUGCAACACAGGCCACGAGGCUUCAUUCUUUCGAUCCUCCUUGGCCAAGCGAAGUGCAGAGGACUUCAAAAGCAAGUGGAGACUAACGCCCCUAAAAGCAGCAGGAAGGAACAACGACAAACCUAUUUCUUGCAUGACUGGGGAGAACCCAAUCUCCUUUGUCCAUCAGUUUCAACGAUUUUGAUCAGGUAUGGCGGUAGUGAGUUGGAAUUGUAGGGGUUUGGGAAAUCUUGCCACUGUUCAGGUGUUGGCUGAUUUAGUUCAAACAAAGAGACCGGAUAUAUUAUAUUUGAUGGAGACCAAAUCAAAUGCUGAUUACUGUGAAGAUAUUCGGAAAAAACUUGAUUUCCAUUAUUGUGUGUCGGUUGACAGUGUGGGCUUAAGUGGUGGUCUUUGUCUUUUCUGGAGAGAACAGGUGCAUGUGGAAGUCAGAAAAAUGGAGAAUAAUUUUAUUGAUUGUUCCGUUAAAAUGGGGGACGAUGAACCCAGUUGGCGUUACAUCGGCUACUACGGCUUCCCGGAACGUAGUCGAAGAUGUCAAUCGUGGGAUUUAAUAAGAAAUUUGGCUAGGGAGAGUAAUGAGCCUUGGUUGAUGAUGGGAGAUUUUAAUGAUGUUAUGUUUGAUAAUGAGCGCAAGAGCAGUGUACCGCCCUCACCAUGGUUACUCAGGGGUUUUCAGGAGGCAGUUUGGAGCAGUGAAUUGGUUAAUGUAUCUUUUGAGGACUAUGAGUGGACAUGGGAAUGGGGCAGGGGAACCCCAAGAUGGAUUGAGGCUAAGUUGGACCGGAUCUUAGCUAACGAGGAUUGGUUGACCUUAUUUGGAGGACAUCAAUCUAUGUCUUUGGAGGGUCCCACUAGUGAUCACCUGAUGCUUUAUACCAGUCCAAAAUGAGGGGGGCAACAACAGGAGGAGAAAAGUUUUCAAAUUUGAAAAUAUGUGGGUCCAUGAGAACGAUUGCCGGGAAGUGAUACAGAGGGCAUGGAAUAAUUCCUCUAGGCUGCAACUUUGGCAACGAUUAAAUGGCUACGGUUUGGAACUCGACCAAUGGAGCAAGAGCAGGAAAGUGGGCUUUCAGACCCGUAUUGAUGUUUGUAAAAAGCGUUUAGCUGUCCUGAGAGCGGAGGGUGGCAGAUGGAAUGCGGCUGAGUUUAAUCGGGUCAAAGAAUCCCUUGUUUAUCUUCUAGAACAACAAAAUAUUUUCUGAAAGCAGCGGGAAAAAUCCUUUUGGCUAAAGGAAGGUGAUAGGAACACUAAAUUCUUUCAUAACGCUGUAAAACAGAGACAUAGAAGAAAUAAAAUGAAAGGUUUGAGACUCUCAAGUGGAGAAUGGGAGACAGAUCGUACCAGGCUUAGGCGUAUAGUGGAAGAUUAUUUUACAGAGAUCUUCACUUCUCAUGGUUACUUGUAUGGAUGAGUGGAGGAUGGGCAACUUGUCCAAGGUGAAGCCCGAACAGAACCACGAAUUAGUGAAGUCAAUUACGGCUAUGGAAGUUAAAGGAGCUGCUUUUGAUAUGCAUCCUGACAAAGCUCCGGGACCGGACAAAUUAAACCCAGCUUUUUUCCAACAUUACUAGGAGAUUGUGGGCAAAGAUGUAGUGCACCUUUGUCAGAACAUUAUGGAGACCGACAGAGUCCCCCGCGAGGUAAAUCAAACUAAUUUAGUUCUUAUUCCUAAAAAAGAAAAACCUGAAGGUAUGGGGAUGGGGGACUAGAGACCUAUAACAUUAUGCAAUGUUGUUUUUAAAAUCUUUAGCAAAGUUCUGGCUAAUAGACUAAAGAAAAUUCUGAACGAGUUGGUCACAGUCAAUCAAAGUGCUUUUGUUUCGGGUAGAUCAAUUAUUGACAACGUUAUGAUAGCCUUUGAAUCUUUGCAUUAUUUGAAAAGAAAGACCCAGGGGAAGGAGGGCUAUGUCGCCUUAAAGCUUGACAUGAGCAAGGCUUAUGAUCGAGUUGAGUGGGGUUAUGUGGAAGCUAUUAUGCGAUGUAUGAAUUUUGAUACUAAAUGGGUUGGAGUAUUUUAUUCCUUUCGAUGAUGAUCUUAUUGGACCCAUUGCCCCUAGUUGAGGAAUUCGUCAGGGGGACCCUCUAUCUCCAUACAUUUUUAUCUUAGUUGCGGAGGGUCUUAGCGCUCUUAUUCGCAGACAGAAAAGCAUGGGCAAUAUAUUGGGAAUUGCUGUUGCGAGAGGAGCCCCAAGAAUAUCUCAUCUUUUCUUUGCAGAUGAUAGCUUUCUGUUUGUUAGGGCCAGGGAACAGGAAUGUGAGGUUAUUAAACACAUUUUGCAUACUUAUGAAGGGUGUUCUGGACAUAUGGUGAAUUACCAGAAAUCUACUAUUAAAUUUAGUCCAAACCUGGAUGAAGAGAGGUGGAAGAUUGUUGGAGAUUGCCUGGGAGUGAGAACGGAAGGAAACAAUGCUUGUCAUCUGGGCUUACCUUCUCUCAUAGGAAGAAAUAAGAAGGAGAUUCUUAGUUAUCUGAAAGAAAAAAUCAUUACUAGGGUGAGGAGUUGGAAAAAUAAAUUUCUUUCCAAGACUGGAAGAGAAAUUUUGCUCAAAACUGUGAUACAAGCUAUGCCGACUUAUGCUAUGAACGUUUUCCUUCUGCCUAAGGAAUUGUGUGCUGAGAUCGAGGUAAUCAUGAAUGAUUACCGGUGGCGAGGGGCGGAUCAAAACAGAAAAGGAAUUAUAUGGAAAAGUUGGCAAAAACUUUGUAUUCCGAAAUAGAAAGGUGGAUUGGGGUAUAGAUCUUUGAGGGAAUUCAAUCUAGCCAUGCUGGCCAAGCAAGCUUGGAGAUUAAUCAAAUAUCCGGACUCACUUGUGGGAAGGAUCUUUAAAGCAAAGUACUUCCCUAAUUCUUCUUUUUUGCAGGCCAAGUUGGGGAAUAAUCCUUACUUCAUUUGGAGCAGUAUUAUCCAGACGCAAGAAAUGCCCGAGAAAUGCAUAAGGAGGAAAGUGGGCAAUGGUCAGACCAUUUUGGUUUGGCGUGAGCGCUGGUUACCAGGAAAAGGGUCGGGACGCGUUCAAUCAAGACCUCCGGCAGGAGUGGCUAACAUGAAUGUAGCGGCACUGCUUAAUGAGCAAGGGAAUCAGUGGAAUAGGGAAAGAAUCAAUACCAUUUUUUCAGCAGAGGAUAGAAGAGCUAUUUUGUGUAUUCCCAUUAGCAGAAGGAGACCAGCAGAUGGCAUCUGUUGGAAUGAACACAAUAGAGGAACUUAUACAGUAAAGAGCGGUUAUAGGGUACUUGGGGGGGGGGGGGGGGUACACGAGCCAGGGGUGGAUGAGAUGGACGAGGACGUGGAAUCUUAAAAUACCACAAAAAAUGAAGUGCUUUGUUUGGCAGGUGAUGACGGGAUGUCUACCUACGGCGAAUAAUCUUGCAGGCAUGUGAGAUAGACAUUGUGUGCAAGGUUUGUGCGGAGGAGGAUGAAUAAGAAGAUCACAUAUUCAGAUUUUGCAGGCAUGGAUUUAAAAGGUGUUUUGCCUUUACGCACCAGAGGCGCAAAGGUGCAAAGGUGUACAGUUUGCGCUCCUAAGGCUUAAGCCUUAGCUUCCCGUAACAAGGCUUACGCCUUUUUUUGAAGAGGCGUAGAAUCUGCUCAAGGCGGUGCGCGAUAAAGAGGCGUACACCUCUUAUUUAACGUAACUUGGGCUUCUUCUUUUUAAAUUAGUGGGGACCUGGAUUUUUCCCCCCUAAAAUACCAAUUACCUAGAUCAUUUAGGACUUAGCAACAUAUAAACAAUCGCCGUUCCAGUCUUCUACUAUAACCACAAACAAGAAACAGUUUCCGACUUCAGGAGCUCCCUGUGACUUUAGCGACAUCAGCGACUUCAGCGGCAUCUUUGCCACUUCAUCCAGCCUCUUCCAGGUAUUAACAGUAUUAUACAAUACGUCAAUACCCCAGUCCCCACCGCCCAACAUCUAUAAUUUGUUAUUGUGUAUUUGUGGUUUAGUUUUUGACUUUGUAUUUAACUUUGUAUUUAUUUACCUUUGUAUUUAUUUAUAAUCUGAGUAUUUAUUUAUUCAUCCAGCCUUUGUAUUUAACUUUGUAUUUAUUUAUAAUAUGAGCAGUUUUUUAUUUAACUUUGUAUUUAUUUAAAAGUUUUUUUUAGUUAAAUAGUUGUCUGUUUAUUUAACUGUUUCACUUUUUACUGUUUAAUUAAUGUAUUUGUGUCUAUUUUGAAUUUAAGACAAAGUUAUUAAUGAUUUCAUGAGCCUAGUGUUUUGAAUUAUUAAAAGUUACGUAGUAUUAACUAUUAAAUAGUUGUCUGUUUAUUUAACUUUUUUAAUUGUUUAAUUAAUGUAUUUGUGUCUGUUUUGAAUUUAAAAUAUCUUUUGUGUUUAUGUGUGAUGUGUCAGAUCAAAUUAUUAAUGAAUUUAUGAGCCUAGUGUUUAAACAAUGAAAUUCUAAUAAGUAAUAAUACAACUAUCGUUUACGGAUUUACCUUACUAAAUACUAAUUUAUUUGUUAAAAAUUUAAUACUACGUACUUAGUAGUUUACUUUAGUCAAGAUUUAAUUUUAAUUAGACAUGUUUUAGUUAAGUUCAUACAGUUUGAUUAUUUUUUUAAAUAAACUUGAUUAUCAAUUAUUUGGUUAUUUAUUGUGACUAGUUUACUUAAAUUCAUGUAAAAAACCAUUUUAUUCAUAGGAGUGGGCUGAUUAGUCACGAUGGUUAAACCCAGUAAGAAUCAGGGAGAGGGGUCCAACUCAAAUAAGGAUAAGGAUCCUGCUUCACGGCAUGGAAUUAAAUUGAAUCCUUCGGAGGGAAAGACUGGUUAUGUAUAUGUGAAAUGCAAAUAUUGCAAUAAGGUGAUCACCAGUGGAGUGAGGAGAUUUAAAAAGCACCUUGCGGGAACACAUAAAAAUGUGGCGCCGUGCAAAAGUGUUCCCGAAAAUGUUAAAAAGGAUGUGCUAGCAAUGUUGAAGAGCUAUCAAGAUCAGAAAGACGUUAACCAAAAGGUUUUUGAUGAAAUGGUAGAUUCUGGCUUGUACUUUGGUACUGGAGUAACGGGACCUAAACCACGUGGGCCUAUUGAUCGCUUCGUUACUCGUCCAAGCAGUAGCUCAAGAGAUGUAGCAAAUGAGCAGGAAGUUGUAGAAGAUGAUAUUCUGCCUAACAAAAUGAGUAAAACUACCAUGACAGAGCGACACAAUCUUGUUUGUCAAGACGUGAGCAGAUUUUUCUUUGAAAAUGCAAUAGCAUUUAAUGUAGCCCGUAGUCCUUCUUAUUUUAAUAUGUUGCUUUCUGUUAGUAAUUAUGGUGCAGGCUUUAACCCCAUCUAUGCAUGAGUUACAGACGUGGAUCCUUAAAGCGGAAUAUGAUACCACGAACACAUAUGUGGAAGAAGUGAAGAAGACAUGACCGCACACCGGAGUUACAAUAAUGUCAGAUGGGUGGAGUGACACAAGAAACUGAGGGCUUCUUAACAUUCUUGUUAACAACCAACAUGGUAAUGUUUUCCUCAAAUCAGUUGAUGCAUCGGAUCGAGUUAAAGAUGCAACUUAUCUUUUUGAAUUGCUCGACGAAGUAGUUGAGGAAAUAGGAGAAAGUCUGGUAGUGCAAAUCGUGACAGAUAAUGCAAGUGCAUACAAAGCUACUGGGAGACUUUUAAUGGAGAAGAGGAAGCACUUGUAUUGGACGCCAUGUGCCGCCCAUUGUAUUGACUUCAUGCUUGAGAAGAUUGGAGAGCUGCCACAGAAUAAAAAUGUCUUGAUCAAAGCUAAGAAGGUCACUAAUUUUAUCUAUAAUCGUGAAUGGGUUUUGCAGCUUAUGAGGAAGUUUAUCGGGAAAGACCUAGUUCAUCCAGGCCCCACGAGGUUUCCUACUGCUUUCUUGAGUUUAGAUUGUAUGGCCACCACAAAAAAUCCCCUGCAAAGAAUGUUUGUUUCUAAACAGUGGACUUCAAGUCGUUAUGCAAAAUUAGUUGAGGGGAAGGAGGUUAAAAAGAUUGUGAUGGAUGAGAGAACGUUUUGGCCUGGGGUUUCUUACUCAAUAAAAACAUCAAGGCCAUUAGUUGAAGUGUUGAGGAUUGUUGAUGGUGAUGACCCUGCAAUGGGAUUCAUUUACGAUGCUAUGGAUUCUGCAAAAGAAAAAAUUGCAGAAAAUUUUGGAAAUCAAUAUUCCACUUAUAGUGAGAUUUGGAAGAUAAUUGAUGAGAAGUGGGAGCACCAACUGUGUGACACCGUCCCCAAGAAUGUUUACUUUUAGUAAAUUAUGUAAUAAACCUUGAAGGAUGAUUUAUGAAUUUACGUAAUUGUUAAAUUUUAUUAUUUCUUUUACGUGAAUAGUAAAUUGCACGUGGGGCCCACAGCGGGAACGGGGACCGCCCGAUAAAUCCAGAACCACAUAUUAUAUUCAUCUUGGUCUAGAUGAGAUCUAUAUGGUGGUGGAUAUUUGAUAUGGGCCAUAGGAAGGGCAUGGAGUUGACCGGUGGGUCAAACGAGGCCCAAUUACCGGUAUCGGUAAUUUAUUGGAUAAUGGCCCAAAAUGAAUUUCGGAGACUCCUAAAUUAAUGUUGGGGAAUGUACAUCUAUUCUAAAAGCCCAUAAUUAUUAGGAACGCGCGAUAUAUUUUAUUUGACCAGAUAAAAUAAAAUAUAACUAAAACAGUUCGAGAAAUACAACUUUCAGGACCGAUUGUACACACCGGGACUUAAUGGGAUGAUCUCCCACAUUAGUGGGGGCCACCCCACGUUUUUUAGGUACCCUAGUUGACUUAGUGAGAGCUGGAGGGGGACAAAGUGAUAUGCACUAAUAAUUAGUGGUGCAUAAAUGUAUAUUUUUAUGAUUGAUUUGUGUGUAUUGUUUACCGUUUUAUUUAGUUUGUAAACAUUUGUGUGAUUUUAGUUGUAAUCGUAUUUUAAUUCUCAUUUAUAAGUUGUAAAGUAUAGUUAGGAUUUGUGGUGUUGGAAAGGAAGACUUUGAAGAGAAGAAAACAAGAAAUUUGACUGCCCAGGAGUGAAACCCGACCGGGUAGAAACCCCCACCCGGUCGGGUAUGAUUUAACAGACGAAAUUGCCAAGAAAGUCACUGGACCCGGUCGGGUCCCCUACUUGACCCGGUCGGGUCAGAUGUGACCCGGGACAAAACGACGUGCGAAGAUCACCAGAACGUGGCGGAUUAUCUGAUUUUGACCGGACCCGGUCGGGUAAGUACUUGACCCGGUCGGGUACCCGGCCCAAGGUGUUGAAAAACACUUAUAAAUAACACACUUUUUCUUCUCUAAAAAUAAUCCCUUCUUCCAUACUCUUAAGCUCAGUUUAGAAUAGCAUUUCUUUAUAUUUUUCUAGCUAUGUUUAGUCGCCAAA